GCCGAGCUGCUGGGUAACACGGUGGAGCUGAUUCGAGAAAUGGUCUACAUGCGCACAAUGACAAAGCCCGGCCGUCACGAGCUCGUGAGUCAACCAGAUGUAGAGAAUCUACUGCAAGCCACUGGCUGCUUGGCUCAGCUGCACACACUCAGCUGUCCUACCGACUGUCUGGCAGAACGCUACAGGUCCAUCACUGCGCAAUGCAACAACAGACAACAUCCCAGAUGGGGCUCUGCAAACAUUCCUUAUUCUCGCUGGUUGCCUCCAGAGUAUGAAGACACGUGGGGGACCCCUAGAGGCUGGGAUCCAGAUCAUAUUUACCACAACUUCAACCUUCCGCCAGUCCGGCUGGUGUCUCAGGAGAUUCUGUUUACUCGCAAUGACAACAUCUCUCUCGACUCCACUCUGUCCCACCUGCUGGUCGAGUGGGGCCAAUGGAUUGACCACGACCUGGUGCUGACACCACAGAGCCUCAGCACAACGGCUUUCCGGACCGGGGUGGACUGCACCCGUAACUGCAGCCGGGACUCACCUUGCUUCCCCAUAGAAAUUCCCCCAUCUGAUCCACGGUAUGGCAUCCAGAGGUGCAUGCCCUUCUUCCGCUCAGCUCCAAGUUGCAUGGAUGGGGUUGGCCCUAAUUUGUACCGGGAGCAGCUGAACUCCAUCACCUCCUUUGUGGACGCCAGUAUGGUGUACGGUAGCUCAGAUAACCAGGCUCUGGAGUUGCGCGACCGUUCCUCACCACUCGGCUCAAUGGCUGGCAACUCGCAGUACUCGGACGGGGACCUGCCCUACAUGCCCUUCUUGCCUCGCCCACAAACUCACUUGGACCCCUGCGGUCCUAGAGAGGGUACCCCGCCUAGGGACAAUGCCACGUCGUGCUUCCAAGCUGGUGACUCGAGAGCCAACGAACAUCUCGGCAUGGUGGUCCUGCACACACUCUUCUUGCGAGAGCACAACCGUCUGGUCAAAGAGCUACAUGACCUAAACCCCCACUGGAGUCCCGACACACUCUAUCAGGAGGCCCGGAAGAUUAUAGGAGCUAUCCACCAGAUCCUCACGUGGGAACAUUACCUACCACGGAUCCUGGGACAGAAGGCCAUGUCCACGCAGAUUCCUCCCUACAAGGGUUACGACCCCGAGGUGGAUCCCAGCAUUGCCAACAUCUUUGCCACCGCCGCUUUCCGUUUUGCUCACGUCACUGUGCAGCCGAUUGUGACCAGACUCGGGCCCGGGUACGCCGCUAAUUCCCACUAUCCUUCACUCCCUCUGCAUCAAUCUUUGUUCGCCUCAUGGAGGGUUGUCCAGGAGGGUGGCAUAGACCCAGUGCUGCGUGGCCUCUUGCUGACUCCUGCAAAGCUACAAAUUCCUGGUCAGAUGAUGGUGGAGGAGCUUACAGAGCGUCUGUUUCAAGCGGAAGGCGGUAUGCCUCUGGACCUCGGGGCCUUAAACCUUCAGAGGGGCCGUGAUCACGGCUUGCCGGGAUACACUUCAUGGCGAAGGUUCUGUGGUCUUUCUGUGCCCAACACGACAUCAAAGUUGGCAGACAUUCUGGGUAAUCCAACUCUAGCUCACAAAUUCCUGCAACUGUACGGUACACCACACAACAUCGACGUGUGGAUGGGGGCCAUCUCUGAACCGGCCCUACCCGGAGGCAGAGUUGGACCGCUGUUGUCCUGUCUGCUGGCCAGACAGUUCAGAGCCCUGAGAGAUGGCGACAGGUUUUGGUGGGAGAGGAAGGGAGUGUUCACCGACACGCAGAGGACACACCUCCACCCCAUCUCUCUGUCACGAAUCAUUUGUGACAACAGCCACAUCAACCACGUGCCUGUAGACCCCUUCUCACGCACAGAGAACCCAGACGCCAUGCUGGCCUGCUCCAGCCCGCUCAUCCCAAAGCUCAACCUCAGCCCGUGGAAAGAACCACACUUGGAUCCAAACUGCGGUCCCAUACCCAAAAUUCUGUCCGGCUACUCCCUACUUUGCAACUCUGUGAUUAUCUUUGAGUGUCAACCUGGUUUUGAGCUGCAAGGUACUUCAACUAUCAGCUGUAACGUUCAAAUUCAGCAGUGGAGCUCACCACCUCCGAUGUGCCAGGACACAAAUGAAUGUGAACAACAAAUUCCAGUUUGCCCCCAAAACAUGGAGUGCCUCAACCUGCCGGGUUCCUUUUCUUGCACAGAGUCAUCCUCGCCAUCCGUCGUGUCAGUUGUGACGGCAGCCAUAGUCGUGAUCAGUGGCGUUGCCGGAAUGGUGGCGAUCUUGAGCUGUUUUCGAAGGCGUUUCGCAAAGACAAGCUAGUCCACGUUGGAUGUUGCCAAGGGAAAGGUUAAGCAAACACAUUAAAAAA